CGGAAGUGUUGCUAGGUCAAUGUUGUGGAAAUGAUAAUGCGAUGACAAAGAAUCCACAAAUUAUUGAUUUUUCGGUUGUUUUUUACCGACAGUUGUAUUCAGAUUAAAUAUCUAUGAAAUUAUUACAUGUUCUACUGAUCCGGUAGGCUCAGUGCCAUGUGUUGUGUGUCAGACAUAAACAAAAUCUUUAUGAAAGCUGUGGAUUUAUAAGAAAUGGGAUGUUAAACACAGGAAUUAUAGGGGAGAAAGAAAAAAGUUCGGCUGUCAGGAGUUAUAAGAGAGACGAUAAAUGGUCAGUGAAAGAGUUAUAGAUGGCGUAAUGUCUGCAUGCGCCGAAUUUACUCAGAAUGCUUGGAAAAAAGACCUAUGCAUCAACUGUCAAAGGCCUCGUGCUGAACAUGCAAAGACCAGAGAAAAUGAAUCAAGUUCGGCUCCCCACAAAUCUGGAGAGUUGGGAGCUGACUCACCGAAACCUGCAAAAAGGAAUUCUCUUAUGACAAAAUCUUGGACAGCUGCACCAGCAGAUGGCAAAAAUGAUGAAAAUGAAGAUGACCAAUGGAAUGCCAUGUGUUUACCUGACCCAGAUCAGCCUGACAAACGUCUGGAUGACACUGACACUAUAACCAAGCCCCUGAAUGAUACAGGCAGUAAUUAUUAUCCUGAACACAGUUAUGAAGAUAUAGAUGGAGAGGAUUUGAAACAAGGUCAAAGGUUAAAUAAAAGUAGUUUAAAAUUUGAAAAUAAGAAAACUGAUAAAACUGUUACUGUAAUACCUGUUGGAAAUGAUAAAAUAACAUCAAAAAGUGACAACAAAGGUGUUUCAAAGCCAGUUCCAAACCCUGAAGAAAGAUUAAGUACACUGAUACAUGACGGAAAUAAAUUUCCACCAGAUCGGGACCCAAAAUCAAGAUCAAGAUCUUCAUCAAGAGAAAAGUCACCCGCACCAGCUCCAAAACCAAAACUUUUUGAAAAACCAGUAAUUGCUGAUAAAACAAGAUCACAUGAUCUGAACAAAGGUCAUAGACAUAGUGAAGGUGAUAUAACAAAACCAAUUGCAGGAAGUUUAAGUCCAAGAAGUCGUAAAAAAUUGAAAAAAGGUCAAAGGUCAAUAAGCUUUAAGGAGGAUGAAUCCACCGUUAUAGGUGAUGACGGUGGUUUGGAUAAUCUUUAUUCAGAUCAUGAGGAUGACUUCCAAGGUGAUGAUAAUGACAAUAAAGAAAUAAUGAGAUUUACUGAAGAUGAAAAAGAGUGGGCAUUACAAGCAUUGAAAAAUACAAUUUGGAAUACUGAACACAUUAAUGCCGAAAGUGAUAAAAGUGAUAAAAAGAAUGCUCAUAGUAAAGAAUACGAGGAUUUAAAGAUGGAAUCGCUAUGGAAACCAGACCGGUUUGCGAAUGUUAGGGAAUGUGAUCCCCUACCAGAAAGUGCUACUCAAAAUUUUGGAACUUUUCCGUUACGGACUAAGUCUGAAAAGACCGCAAUGGAUAACAUGUUUUCAGGCAAUAGGUUAUCCACUUUAAGUGAAUCAUUAGAAAACAUGUUGGAUGAGUCUAAUGAAGAUAAGUAUGAGGCUGUUUUGAAAUUUCUUGGUGCUGAUAAAAUUGACUUCUCUGGAAGUCCAAAACAUAAAAAUGCUGUUAAAGGAGAUUUGAAUGUUAGUGAUUGUUCUGAUCCCAGUUAUGAUGAUCCUUGGGAGGGGAAAUUUGGUUUUGAGAGUGAAUCGGAAAUGAAUUUAUUAGAUGAGAUUAAAGGUGAGAUAGAUCUGGACUCCAGCACUGCUGGUUUUGCUCUAGUUGAUUUACUGAAUGAUGUGUUAUCUAAAUAUAGCACUGGAACUCCUAGUGAGACAGACUCUGUGAAAAAUUUAGAUUCGCUUGAAGAAGACAGAAAGUCUGAAAAGGCGGAUAAGUCGGAUAAAAAAGAUGGGAAAGAAAAGUCAGCUGAACUUGAAGCCAAAAUGGUAACUCUUGCAGCAAGUUUGAGAAAACAAAGAGCUAAAGGACGAGCUCCAAGACCCCCAAGUUGUCCCCCUCAGCCACCUCCUGAGGUAACCAAUUCUCCCCAGAAGCAGCUUGAGCUAAGAGCUGCUCAGAGUAAGGAGCCAACUUUUAAAAUGGUUCCGAUUGGAAAACCGAUAGGCGGGAAUCCCUUAAGUCAAUCAGCCCCAGCACCUUCUAGUACUAAACCAGAAAUAUCUGGUAGUACAAGUUCUAGCAAUAGUUCUGAAAAUAUUGAAAGUUACAAAAUAAAAACUGAAAAAGACAAACAACCUAAAAAGAGUGGUGGUGGAAUAGGUGGAUUCUUUAGUCGAAUUUUACGUCGUGGGAGAGAUUCGGAUACUGACCUGACGAUAAGUUCUGAAACUUUAGUCUCCAACAGUUCUGAUGGUCACAGUGAUACUGACAGUCUUUCUGAGAAGGGAGGUAACUUUGAGAGACAAGGAUCAGGAAGAGGCUCUAGCAGGGGAGAUAAACAUUCAAAGGGAGAUAAACGAACCUCAAAAUCCUCACCUCAAAUGAAAAUGAAAGUAUUGCCAACUCGGCCAGUAAGUCCAAAGCCACCUGAAAAGCCUCCACAUGUGGACUCUAAAAAGGAGACAGAAAAAGACACAAAACCUAGUCAGAAUGGAUCACCAAAAGUGGAAUCAAAAACAAAAGAUAAUGUUAAAGCAGAAAAGUCAGAAAUUAAUACUAGUCAAAAGAACAAUACCUCAAAACCAGAGCAGUCAGUCUCUAAGUUGUCUCCUUCUAAAUCCAGUGAAAAAGAACUAGCAGCUAGUCCGAAAACCAAAGAGGCCCCACCACUACCACUACAUCCACCAAGAGAAGGUAUUGAACCAGGCUGUGGACCACCAAAACCUAGAGCAAGAGGGAAUUCUGAUGGAGGAGUUCCAAGGUCACGCCCAAGGAUGAGGGACGCGGCUGAUGGAAGACCAAGAGAUACACCUAACGUUCCACCUCCUAAACCACCUGUUGCAGUGAAACCCCGCCCCCCUGCCACACACACAAAAUCAUUAGAUAUCAGUGAUAAUUCUAACAAACCAGCACCAGUUCAACCAAAAGAAAGACUUGCAAGUACAAGUUCUUUAGAGGAAACUGCAAAACAAGUCGAAGAUGCAAAUAAAAAACCUGAUCCUAGAGUUUUACGUAAAAGGGCCAAGUCCCCGAAAAGAUUUGCAGCCCCUGUUGCUCCAGUUAGGGCCUCCAUGCCAAACAUUUUGUCAGAUUCAAAUGCCUCCCUUACUUCCAACGCUUCAGAAUCAAGUAUUCAAAGUUUGCCUGAGAGUAAACCUGACCAACCAAAAGGUUUAGCUUUUGCUAAAGAACUUGAGCAAAAAUUACAAAAAGAACAAAGUAGUGCUACAUUAGAUGGUCGUAAAUUAAGUGCCCCUCCACCCCUUCCAACAACUGCCCCGAAAAUUGAUAGUGAAAAAUCAAAAACAUUACCAGCAGAUAACAGAAAGACUGCUUCUAAAGACAAAGACAUUCCAAAAUCUACGCCAAAGGACCCAGAAAGAUCAAGAAGUAAUUCAAAGGAUGAUCUUAAAACCAGUCCACCAGCUAGUGAUGACAAAGCAAAAUUUAACAGUCUAGAAAGUGAGAACCAGUCACAGACAGCACAAGAACCUGCUGUGCCACCAAUGGAUAUGCCCAUUCAUACAGAGAAGAUUGAGUUGCCAAAAGCAGCAGGUCACAGCAGGAAGAGCUUCCUAGGGAAGUUGAACCGGAAAAACAAACCACCGGCGCCACCAUCGGUAAAACGAACAAAGUCGAUCACAGAGUCUCAUGUACUUGCUGACCAUCAUAUGAAGAAGAUCGAUCUAAAGGAUAUAUCUGGACCUGUGCUGAUUACAGAAAUGUCAUCAAACAAAGUUGUCAACAGACGUAACACAAUCUCCCUUGGCGACGACAAUCCAUUUCUGUCUGGUGGUUCUACAUCUUCGGGAUCAACUUCAGGGGAGAAAUCUGAUAUUUCGCCUCGAGGUUCAGUGGAAAACCUGUAUGAGUUUAUCAAAACGGAGGCCCCAACACCUCCUGUUGGCGACAAGAAAAAUCUGUAUGAUCCUGUUGUAGAGAAUAACGUGGUUGGUCUGAGACCACCGUCAAUGACGGGCAGUGAGGGUUACCUGGAACCAAUCAAGUCUAACAGUGCUGGUGGGGAACUAGUCUUUCCCAACAUGGCUGAAUCCACGUCAAGUAUGGGCUCCAUGACAACCAGCAUGGUUGCUAUGGCAAACACUAUGGCUGACAUGAGUAAGUCAACAGACAGCUUUCAAACAACAACAGAUGUGAACCAACACGGGCUGGAAGAUUUGGACAUAAGUCCAGAACGAAGAGAACUGUUGGCUUCCCAGCCAAUAUAUGAAGAGAUAACCAAUGGAUAUGGAAAAUUUGGCACAGGUCAGACAUCUGCUUUGGAACAUGGUGACGAACAUUUUGAAAAUGUUGAAGAGGAAUUUUAUGGUGUGCAUGACCCGCCACAAAAUAACGAACCCAAUCAGAUUUUAGCAUCAAAUUUGAAAAAUAAAGAAUCUUUCUCGUCAGAUUCUGAACUGUCUUCUGCUAACAGUAGCCUUUCCCGCCCUCGGCCAUUCCCUAGAAAACGGCCUCGCCAUGUUGGGUCAGGUUUUGAACAGUACGUAGCUAUGAACAGACCAAGUGUGGCAGUCUUUCUGAAUGAAGAACAAUUACGCGAAAUGUUGAGUAAAUUGACAGCCAUGAAUUUGAAUACACUAAGAGAUAUAUACACACAGCAUGAGAAAUGUUUCACAAAGGAGAGUCUACAUUUAGGGUCGGUAGGGCCAUUGAAGUGGCAAGAUUUCGACAUCUAUGGCAAGCCCCUCCACACUUCAGAGAAAUGUGUUGUUUACAAUGCUAAAAUGAGGACGACGAUGUCUCCAUGCCAAGUUAUGUUAUUGCAUUCCAGACCUGAAAUCACGGCGGCCAAUCAUCCAAGUAUGCUGAAACCUACAUGUAUAUUCACAGACUCUGUUCCAUUCAGUUACCUUACAGACGCAUUCAUAAAAACUAGUCAAAUUCUUGAAACAACUGUCAAUCAAGCAAACGCAAACAUGGCAAAAUGCUUCAUUGUUGUUGGUUUGUUUGAUAUAACCGAAAGUUUAACCAGUCACAUGAAUUCCUUAGAAACAGUCUGCGAAAAUCAAAGAGAUUUUUUACGAAAAGUUUUAUUUUUCGUCCUACAACUGUUAAGUGCAAUAUCUCACUGUUUGGAACAAGGACAUCCACUGUCUGAGGCAGAUUUCCAUGACUUGUAUUUAAUCUCUAACCCAUACUGUCUCGGUGAGACUGUAUCCUUCUUACCACAAGUUCGGGCACCAGAAGACCAGCGCAUUGAUCGUGUUUGCCUAUUUUUAGAAAAAUUUAUACUCGAUAUGUGUGCGAAAUGUGAAGCAAAUGCAGUUCUAGAUGACUCAGCAUUUUUCAUAUACACCGGAGUACAGAGAGUGAUUGAACUGGUGGAAUCCGGUGUAGCGGAAUGUCUACCGAUAGUGAGAAGUUAUACCGAAUUUCUUUUAUGGGGACCAGGGGAAGGGGAUUCUGAAUUUCGGGAUGAUCGCCUAAGUAAUCUCGAACCCAAAUUGUCAAUGUGGUUGGAAAAGGAAAGGGCUAUGUUGAUACAUGAUUUUGCUGGACGAAUUCAGCGCGGGGCCAGAUGUAACAUAAAAGACUUCUAUAAGAUGAAGUUCCUGCUGAAAGCAAGUUCGGGAAGUCUUGCGGAAUGCAUCCGAUGUCAUACUGCGUCAGCAUCCUAAAGUUAUUGUGAUUAACGAUUAAUUUGUGCUGAAUUUAUUUUUUAAAAAAACACCAAGACGUCAGAUUUACUUGCUCAUUGUGUACACUUUUGAUACUGAAAUUGCAUCCUUUUUUUAAAUAUUUUUUAAGGUUCUUCUUUAUCUUCAGUGCUUAUAUUAUGUUGAAAGUUUUGUCAGACAAAUUUUGUUUCUUGUUCGCAAGGAAGUAUAGUACACAGAAAACCCAGAAAAUUGUUACAGUAAGACUUCAUACUGUUAAAUGUUUUAGUGCUCAAUUUUGAUAAGGUAUUUUCAUUAAUAUGAUUUUUAAAAAUAUCAUGUUUUCAGUGUAGUUUGAUCAGAACUGAAUAUAGUGACAGCAUGUCAUGAAUUCAGCAAAUUGACUUUGUUGUAAACAACAUACAGAAGUGGCUUAGAUUUUUAGUUUCCAGAAAAUUUUUCUUACCUUAAUUUGGACAUUUUGAUCUUAAGUAGGAGAAAUAUCAUGAUCCUAGUUAUUUCUUUUGUGGAAUCUACUAUUGUGAAACAUUUAUUUUUGCUGGGUACUACUUUUCGUGGAUUUUGUUUUUUGCAUCAAUACAUGAAAUUAAGGUGGCACUGGACCUUGGACAAAAAAUAUAAAAUAUUAACCUACAGAAAUGAAAUUUUAUUGGAAUAAAGAUUAAAGACUGUAUUUUCGGAAAACACACAAUACUUUUUAGUAUUUCCUAUGUUUUCUUGUUAGGAAGAGCGCCCUCUAGCGGUACCUGCAUUUCUCACGGAAAAGUUAGUUAUUCUGCAGGUACCGCUUUUGUGGGGUUAUGAUUUCUUGGAUUCUAUUUUUUGAAGCAAAAUGAAUAAGAAUUUUUAUUUUUACAUUGAAGUUUUAUUUCAUGGAAUGGAAUGACGCAAUCAUAAAAUCCAUGAAAAUUAUUCUCCACCCCAUGAUUUUACAGUAGUGUAUCAGCUGUGUAUAUAACAGAGGUUUUAGAACUUAGUCUGAAUUACCUGCCCCUUGACUGCUACAUGCCAGGAACCAGACUGUUUUAAGACUUUGUAAACUGCUACAUGCCAGAAACUAGACUGUUUUAAGACUGUAAACUGCUACAUGCCAGGAACCAGACUGUUUUAAGACUGUAAACUGCUACAUGCCAAAUACCAGGGUAUUUUAAGGCUUAGUAAAAUGUUACAUGCCAGGAACCAGGCUAUUUUAAGACUUUGUAAACUGGAAUCAUAUUUUACAUAUAUAAACUUCUUGAUGUUUAUUUAUAUUCGUUUUUAUGGCAGCCAUAAUAAAUGAUGUAACUUACAUGCCAUUCAUAUGCAUAAAUAAAGAUGUUAAGAUUUCAGUAUGAAUGUAUGUAUAUGACAUUGUGUAAAAACAAUUCUUAUAUACAGUGUUAUGGUUAAGUACCUUAAGUCUCACUACUUGAACAUAAUAAUGGCCUAAGUGGAUGUCCUAGCAAAGGCAAAAAUGAAAUUCAGCAAAAGUAGACCCAAGUUAUGCACUGCAUGUUUUUUUUUCCAAGAAUUCUCUUGAGUAUGUAGGAAUGGCUUGAAAUUUCACACUUUGGAUGUUUAAUGAUCUGAAUUUUUACGCUUUGGAUGUUUAAUGAUCUGAAUUUUUACACUUUGGAUGUUUAAUGAUCUGAAUUUUUACGCUUUGGAUGUUUAAUGAUCUGAAUUUUCACGCUUUGGAUGUUUAAUGAUCUGAAUUUUUACACUUUGGAUGUUUAAUGAUCUGAAUUUUUACGCUUUGGAUGUUUAAUGAUCUGAACUUUGACAUUUUGAAUACAUAAUGAUCUGAAUUUCACACUUUGGAUGUUUAAUGAUCUGAUUUAGACCCUUUGGUUUGCGUAAUGAUCUGAAUAGCGACACUUUGAAUGCAUUAUGAUCUGAAUUUUGACAGGAACUUACACACAUACAUAUAUGAAAUCUUAAUUUCUCUAUUACUACGGAAAAUUUGUGAUGUCCGGUGACUGUUUUUGUAUAACUUGGAACAAAUAAAUGUGCAAUAUUUUGUAUAUAUUUUAUAUCUAUGUUGUCAAUAUUAUUAAAACAUUUGUUAAGAAAGAAAUCCAUACUCGGAAGAAAGAAUUUAAUCAAAAUUAGUUUCACUAUGACUCAUUGAAAUAUUCCCAGUCAGUAUUCAGUGAAAAAAGGCUGGUUGUUGAAAAAGACACUAUUGCUUUUGUUGCAACUUGAUGACAAUUCAUUUUACUGGUAAAUGACUAAAGGAGAAAAAUUGUUCAUUUGAACUGGUCUCGUCAACUCAAAAAACAUAAUUUUGAUUAGAGUCUUUCUUAUUUAUGUUUCUGUUUGUGUUGUUAGUGUAUAAAUUUGAAAAAUGUAUAAACUAGACUUUAUAUAUGCAAUCUGCUUUCAUUCCUAUUAUGUUAUGGCUUAAGAAAACAUGCUUAUGUAUAUUUUGUUGUUAUUAGCUUACCUAGAACUACUUCUUAAAGUAUAUUCACAUGGCUCCAUUUGACUGUACUUUGGUUUAACUGUAGAAAAAACAACAACAUUUUAAUGACUUUUUAAUGGAUGUUCACUAAACUUGGUCAGAAGCAUCGGUGUAUGGGCUAGGGGAGGUGAGCAAUUGAAGGACCUCAGCCCGGGGUUGUGGAUUUGAGCCCGACUGGGUUCACAACCAUGCCUUCUCGUAUGAAACCAGUACUGGUUUUCCCUGGAAGCAGACUCGAGAGUCGUUCAGAUUAGCUUGAAGCUUUCAUCUUAGAUGGACAAGUUCAUGAUAAAACUUAA